AUGGCCUCGCCCCCGUCCUCCCCGCCGCCGCCGCAGGACGACGAUCUCUACCGCACCCUCAACGUCUCGCGCGACGCCGCUGCCUCAGAUCUCAAGCGCUCGUUCCGCAAGCUCUCGCAGCUUCACCACCCGGACAAGCACCAGGAAGAGACCGCCAAGUCCGCCGCCACCGAUCGCUUCACCAUCGUCAAGGAAGCCUACGAGAUUCUCUCCGACGACAAGCUCCGAAAGCUCUACGAUGAGUUCGGCCUGCACGCAGCCAGAGUCGCUGCCUCCCACGAAAUGGAGCUCGUCCCAUAUUCCGAUCUUGCCGAGCGCUUCAGAAACGACUCUGCCCCCGGCGGUCCUUCCCCCGGAUCUAACUCCCCGCGCGAUGCUUACUUCACCGUCACUAAUUCUUUUGAGCCCACCAUCGACGCCACGGGCCUGAUUGUCGCUUUGGAGGACGCUGAACCUCUCACAGCGAGUGGCCUCCCCGUUUUUUCCCAAGUUGGCGUCUCCACCGUGGCUACGGCAUAUGUAUCUCAGAAAAACACCGUUCAGGCCAGCUAUUCUGCCCAAAGCAGCACCUUCGGAAAAGGGGGACGAAGAGGCGGUGCUGGUGAGUUGGCCCUGUCGUUCCGCCGCCAGCUUGAUGCCUACAUGAACGCUGAGGCAACCGCAUACGUCCCCUUGGAGCGCGGCCGCACAGUCAACUUUGGCUUCAAGGCUUUCCGUGCGCUUUCCCAACACAUGACCGCCUCGUUUGAGGCGAGCUAUGACCCCGAGCGAAGAGGUCUGACCACAGCACUGACCAGCGCUCGCUCAUUUGACGAGCGGUGUACGGCGAGUACCUCAUGGGCGUUUGGUGCAGCUCCGGGCUAUGUCUUCACAUGGAAGCGAGAUGCGUACGAUGAGUAUAUGCCCGAAAGCAAGCCGAAUGCUGCGAAAGGGGCAGAUGAUUUUGGAGCAAAUGAUGAUGAAGAAGCGGGGGCGGCCGGGAGAAUCGCGUGGGUAUUUGAAAAGCUUACAUAUCUUAUUGAUCCGAUGGGAUGGCGAUGGACUGGUAGACUCAGCGCUUUGGAAGCGUCCCUUGGCUUCGUUAUUCGCAGGCCGAUUGGUCAGAAUGCUCCGCUAUGGGAUAAAUGCGAGCCUACAGGCCCUGGUGGAGCUAGUGUCAAGGUUCGCGGUCACGUGGGAGCGAUGGGAUGGGAGGUUGAGGUUGGAGGCGGCGAAAAGUACUUGCUUUCCGACACGGCAUGGGGGACGUCGGUGGCAUUUGGCAACAUGGGAGUUGUUUGGAGACUGAAAAUUACUCGAUCGGGCCAUCGAUUCACUUUGCCGAUAGUGCUUGUGUCAUCGGUGUGCGAUGCGCGAACGGCCACGGCAGCCGCGAUCGUAACGUCGCUGGGAGUUUCAGCUGUACAAAUUUUGAUCAUCGACCCAUGGCACAAGAAGAGGGAGAGCGAGGAGAGAGAGGAUGCGAAAAUGAGAAGGGCUGACACUCUGAAGCACGGGAAGAGUGAAGCCGCGGCGGCUUUGAUACUGAUGAAGGAAGGUAUCGAGCGGUCGCGGAAACGGGAGGAAGAGGUAGAAAUUGAUGGGAUUAGUGGAUGUGGAUUGCUUAUCGAGCGGGCGGCGUAUGGGGAUGCAAAGGCAGUACAGGAAAUGAGAUUUUCCUCGGACAGUCUUGAUGGAAGAGAGAUAGAGAUGGAGAUUGCGGAUGUGACAGAUUGUGUGCAGAUGCUUGUGGAAGACAGCGCUGUGCAAGUGGUGUCGGGAACCAAGUCAACAUUGAUGGGGUUCUGGGAUCCGAGUGCGUACGGCGAGAAGGAGGAUCUGGUUCUUCGUAUCUGGUAUCGAUUCCGUGGGGAGCUGCACGAAUGCGUGGUGCGUGAUGACGAGGCGAUCGAGCUGCCACUCUCUUCGCACCGCGUGGAUAGGUGGCGAUAGAAUUUUGGGAUUGACAGGUAGCGCAACGAAAGUUUGGGAGAGUAGUGGGGUUGCCUGUGAUGAAUGCGGGUUAGAAGGGCGGAUGUGCCGAUGUGCUGUCAGAGACAGGAGAUUGUGGAGGGAUACCACGUUUCCGUUGUCUCUUACGUACAGUGGUAUGUUGCUGGAUAGUAGACAAGUUUUUAUUCGGUAUCGUAAUCGAGAUGUGGCCCACGGCGGGGAAUUGUACAGGACUAUAAACGAAAGAGCGUUGCAAGA